CUGGGUUUAUCAUCACUAGGGCAGGCAAUGGCAAUCAGAAGCAAAAUUCCAGAGGCAGGAAAAAACACAAGUAAAAGGUUUUGUGGGGAGAAGUUUUACAGCAUUAAGAACUGCUGAAGAAAAAAGUGAAGAGACARAGGAUUGUGGACAGAAUGGAGACAGAAGUGGAUGGGCCCGUGUCUCAGGUUUCCCAUUACAACCCGCUGUUUGACAUGUCAUUAAACAAGAAUGAUUUCUACAACUUUGAGCCUGAUGAUCUGAAACCAGAAAAACCCAGGAGAAACUGGUGCACUUACCUUUUCAUAGUGUAUAUUGUCUUACAGACAGCAUUUGAUGCCUUUUUUAUUUAUAAAGUUUUUGUCUUGGACUCUUCUCACCGUGACCCCACAUCUCAGAAGUUGCAAUUCAAUCACAUUUCUCUGGGUGACGAUGAUCUCCAGAUUCUUCUCCAGAACAACAGCUUGGAAACCAAGACAGUGAGAACUCACUUAUGGACUCUGCAGAGCCAGGUGACAAGCCUGUGUGGUAAGGAAGGACAACUGGAGAAGCUGAAGGCUGAAUUGAACCUGCUGAAUGCCACCAACCAGAUGCUGCAAAGUAAACUGAACUCUAUCAGUCUCCAAUCAGGACCGCCAGGUUCAAAUGGCCACCCUGGACUUCCAGGGCGACCAGGAGAGAAAGGCCUAAAAGGUGACAGUGGGGUUAUUGGCCCCCCAGGACCAAAAGGAGACACAGGGCUUAAAGGGGAUCUAGGAGUGCCAGGGGUUGGUGAAAAAGGAGAUCGUGGACCACCAGGCACACCUGGACUCAAUGGGCAAAAAGGAGACAGUGGGAGAGAUGGUUUACCGGGACCUCCAGGAGUCAGAGGACCUUCUGGUUUUAAUGGGACUGUGGGUCCCAAAGGAGAAAAGUGCACACCAGAAAAGCAGUUAACUGUGCGCCUUGUGCCUGGAAAAUACCGAGGACGAGUGGAAGUUCUGCACCAAAAUGUCUGGGGCACCAUUUGUGAUGACAAUUUCGAUCGUUUAGAUGGGACAGUGAUCUGUAAGAUGCUGGGCUUCCAAUCUGUUGUUAACACCUUUACUGCCUCUCCAGGUUCUGGUGAAGUCUGGUUGGAUGAAUUGCAAUGUGCAGGAACAGAGACUGAUAUCUUCGACUGUCCACACAAUGUCGUUGGGAUUCACAACUGCAAUCAUGAUGAGGAUGCUGGAGUGCAUUGUGUUUAGACUGAUGAUUUAAAAAAAUCUAUGUAUUGUAUUUCAAAUUUUAUCUUUUCAGCUUUAUCGUCUUUACUGUUCAGACUGCCUAAAGGCUCCCACAUGCUCGGGUGUACUGUGUGCGGUCCAUGAGCCGCGCGGACUCCACGCAUAUUGUCCGCAGAUGUUUGAGACUUCAUACUCAAGCGUACUGACCGCCUGACAAAUUCUUUAAUUUCUCGCAAUUUCAGUCAUGGCUUCAAGGACAAGGAUGAAAAGAUAAUUAGCAUUUUAGGUUUAAAACAACAAAAGAAAAGAACUUACCCCGGAUCUGAGCUAUUUCCUCCAAUAAAUUUGUUGCUCGCUGAAAGCCUUUUGAUUCCUUCAUUAAUGUAUCAUAAAGUUUCUAUGUUUUUCUAAUCUCCUCCAUCUUUUUAAAUUUUCACUACAUUUUGUCCACAAAUGACUCUGAUUGUCAACUUUCUCUGCUUGGUGUCGAAUCCAAAACAGUUUGACGUGAACUCGCCAGGUAGUUUUUUGUGCUGACACUGAUAACGUGGACGUAAAAAAAUUUUUUGUUUGAGUGCACCAGUCCGGCAGACGGCCACAUUGAUUCCGCCUCGAGUUCCUCGAGUGAAGUAUGCCCGAGUAUGUGGGGGGCCUUAACUCUAGAUAGAUCCUGUUUCUCCUGCUGAGCUUUGGAGUUCUCUGUGAAGGUCUGCGUUGGUUUUUUUGGCACUAAACUGCCAGCAGCAGGUCCUUUCAUACUGUGGAUUCCAAAUCAUGUGUUGGCACUCAAGUCGAGUUUGUAAAACAUCAGGUCUAGGGCCRGCAAAUAAUUUACAGAAAUUAAAAAACUACAAAUGACUGCAAGCAUUAUAUUUUCCAUAGAUGGUUUUAGGAAGUUAGGCUGAUGUAGUUUUAAAUCAAUAAAAAUAUUCUGAUGAUUAUUGUCA